AUGGCCAGCCACAUUAUCGGAAACCGCAACAGCACUCCGGAAGCCUCUAAAUCGAGCCUUCGUCCUCCUUCCUCGUCUCGGAACCUAGGAUCGCACCAACUACGAGCCUCCGCCGAUAUGUCGGGCUUUCCGUCCCCUCUCUCUUCCCGAAGCAUCCGCCCGGCGUCGGAAGUGUAUUAUAAUCAUCAGCAAUCUCAGACCCCCAACAACGCGGAGGAUCCCUUGGAUCGUGCGGCCCAGCAGUGGCUUGCCGAUAUCGAUCAGUACGAAACUACACUGGAGGAAAUGGCCGCUGCUACGUUGGACCAGGACUUCAAGGAUGAACUGAGCGCCAUCGAACAAUGGUUCCGCGUGCUCAGCGAAGCGGAAAGAACGGCUGCGUUGUAUGCUCUGCUCCAGCAGACCACGCAGGUGCAGAUCCGUUUCUUCAUUCAAGUCCUCCAGCAGAUGUCCAAGAGCCAUCCGAUGUCGGGAUUAUUAUCUCCGGCUAACUUUGGCGAAAAGGACGCCAUGUCUAAUCGGCUGAAUGAUGCCAUGGCCAAGUUGAAUGUGGACAGUUCUCGCAACUCGCUUGGACGACCUCCUCCAUCUCCCGGUGCCAAGCGUAAUUCGGGACUUGACUCCUCUACGAUCAAUGCCAUGUUCCCUGAUGCGGCUGCCGCGAUUGCCAAGAAGAAGGCCGAGUUCACCCAGCAGACCGGCAACGCCCCUCCUUCUAACCGCAACAGCGCCGUUUUUGGCGACCGGACUUCUUUCGUUGCCCCUACCAUCUCUGCUCCCGAUAACAACACGGAUAACUUGGGUCAGGCCCCCGUGUCUCCGUGGGCCCAGCGAGGUGCCGAACCUCAGCCCCCGAUUGCUCGGCCCAAGUCGUCCUCCGGUCAGCAGCCCAUGGGACAGUUCAGUCAGGCCUCCAGCCUGCGUUCUCCCUUGCCGCAGACCGCCACCAUCCCCGCUCCAGACAUCGACGCGCCGUUGCUGUCCCCGUACAACGUUGGAAAUGCCAGCUGGGCUUCCAUGACCAACACACCGAUGACGGCCACGUUUGGACAACAGGCGCAGCAGCAGCCUCAGCAACCGAACACGCAGGCCGACAUGGUGGCGAAUGCCACUGCGAUGAAACUGGCCGCGUUGUCGACCGUGAACAACCGCAUCGCGUUGGACGAUGCUCGCAAAUACCGCCGUGCCCGCUCCAACGAUGGGCAGGGCAAAAACUCUAACGCCAACCCCCACCUGUCCCAAGGCGGCCUUGCCAGCCCUGGUCUCCCGGGCCCGAAUCAUCUCGUUGCAGGCCAGCUUCUCAACCCUCAGCAACUGGCCGCUUUGCAGGCACAGCAGCAGGCCGCGAUGGCCGGCCGACGUUCGCGUCCCACCUCCCCCGGCAUCGCCAUGCAAGGUGGCUCGUUGGGACCGAUGGGAUUCACGUCUCCGCAGAACAACGGAUUCUUGGCGGCCUAUGAUCCCAACAAUCCUUUGAUGGGCAACGGAUUAGGUACCCUCGGUAUGGGACAGUUUGGACUUGGCGGUCACGAAGGCUAUCUCUCGGACCACUCGGAGGUCACCCGGGGUCGAUCCCCGCGUGGGCGCCGUGGCAGCUCCAAGCCGCCAGAGGACCCGACGGACCCCAGCCUGCUGAAGGAUAUUCCUAGCUGGCUGCGGUCUCUCCGUCUACACAAGUACACGGAGAACCUGAAGGACCUGAAAUGGACCGAUUUGAUUGAGUUGGAUGACAAGGCACUGGAGGAGCGUGGAGUCAACGCUCUUGGUGCCAGGAACAAGAUGCUCAAGGUCUUCGAGCAGGUCAGAGACGCCAAGACCGAUGGCAAGCUGGACAACAUUGCAUAA